AUGGGGGAGUCACUGAGUCAUAGUGACUCGCCUAUGCUCGAGCUAACAGGCAGGAUCAUGGUGGUGGCCGUAAUAAUCCUCUUCGUGGUGGUGGCUUCUCUCUUCUUUCUCCACCUCUACUCCAAAUGGUUCUGGUACGGCCGAGAAGAGGACGCUACCACCACUGUCCGCACUCGCCGUCGUCGCCGCUUAGACUUCGCUGCUGGCCACCAAGAGUUAUCAAUUGUCACCGGCCUCCGCCAUGGCCUCGAUCCCUCGGCUCUCAAAUCCAUACCCGUAGUUGUAUUCAGUCCCAAAGAUUUCAAAGAUGGGUUAGAAUGCGCAGUUUGUCUCUGUGAGGUCUCAAAGGGCGAAAAAGCUCGGCUCUUACCAAAAUGUAAUCAUGGGUUUCAUGUAGAUUGCAUUGAUAUGUGGUUUCAAUCUCAUUCUACUUGCCCACUUUGUCGAAACCCUGUUUCUAACCAGUCGUCAUCGAAAUCCACCACCCUUGAAUCUGAAACUACUCUAGAGACUAUUCUUCAGGAACCAAUAGCAGAAAAUUCAUCUGUAAAUGGGUAUUCAAAUGAGUCCCCAAAUUUCCCAACAAAUGUGCUGUUUUGGGGAAAUGAAACUCAGGUUAGCACUUUUGGUACUGGUUUGGAAGAGAGGCAGAUUAAUGAGGAAGAAGAACCAAAGUCGCCAGUUACAACGCGAUUGAGGUCAUUGAAGAGGCUUUUGAGCAGGGAUAGAAGGGCUGGUGGUCCUUGUAGUCCCAGUAGUGUUGAUGUCGAACAAGGGAGCAGAGGCCAUAGUUAA